AUGCUGAAAACAUUAGGUGCUUUAACAUUAACAGGGACUGGAUAUUAUCUAAACUAAAAAUAUAGAAUAGCUCCUUCAUUUAACUUUGAUUUUUAUAAUCUUUUUUACCAGUUUGUUUAAAAAGUGUAUAGUACAGAACUUGCAUAUAGCGUUACAUAAUAGCUUAUGAGAAUGGAAUUGUUCUAUUAAAUUGAUCGAGAUUAGUAUACCAAAAAUUUAUGUGGAGAAAUAAGCGGAAUAUUCCUACCUAAUAUUAUUGGAUUAGAAGAAGGAAACGAUUUAUCAGGUAAAUAGCUAGAAAGUUUAUUUGAUAUAGGCUUUGGUUUUGUUGAAAUUGGUCCUCUAAGCUAAAAUUCUGUAUUUCAGGAAUAAGAAAUGCAAACUCAAUAAGUUGAUGAGAAUAUACUAAUAGGAAAAUCAAUUUUAGGUAGCUUUAAGAAGAGAAAUUUUGAAUAAUCAUAUAAAUAUCCUGUUGGUGUAAAUAUUUAAGUAAGUUAAGAAAUAAAAGAAAUGACUCCAUUUUUAGCUUAGAAAGAAUAUGAGUAAGGAUGCACUGAAUUAAUAGAUAUAUCAGAUUAUCUUGUUAUCAAUUUCACAAACAGUUAAAAUAUAAAACAUUUAUUAGAACCAAUAAAACUAAAAGAGCUAUUAGAUGGUGUCAAAUAAAAGAGAUAAUAUGAAAUAGCAGUUAAUGCUUUAAUUUAACAUGAAAAUUAAAUCAUCCAAAAAGAAAAAAAACAAUUUGGUGUAAUUUAUGCUGAUGAUAUUUAUGGAUUUUCAAGAAUAAAUUCUGAAGCUUUUGUUCCUAAAAUUUAUAUUAAACUUGAUGAAAAGGAGCACUAAUUACCAAAGUUAAUAGAUAUAGCAUAGAAUUAUAAAAAAAUUGGAAUUGAAGGGUUGAUUAUUCGCACUGAAAAUAUCUCUACAAUUUCUAAAAUUGCUAGCUUAACUUAAGGUGAAAUACCUUUAAUAGUAGCUACUUCAGUAAAGGAUGGGGAAGAUGUCAUAAAGAAAAUUAAAAAAGGUGCAUGGGCUAUUUAAAUUAGUGAGGACUACAAAAAUAAAGGUCCUCGUUUUGUUUAAGAUCUCAUGGAUGAUGUAAAAUAAGAGUUAGACAAAAUCAAUGUGAAGAAUAUUACAUAGUUGAGAGGAGUUGAUAUAUUUUGA